ACAGCGGCGGAGCGGCGACGGGACGGUACACCGGCAAAACGGGAGAAUAUAGGACAUAUUUAAGCAUAAUAUCUUUAUUAAGAUAUGUACUUAGCCGCUCAGUAAGCGUGUUAUUACUCUGUAUGCUCGGCUGUGUGUUUAUAUAAAGUUAUAAACUCGUUUUGGUGUGUUAAAAAUAAUGGCUUUAAUAGCGACCGAGCACAAGUUGAACGGAACGUCGGUGAUUUACGGCCGACCAAGAAAAGAAGUGUUUCAGGGCAAAGCGGAGAGCUUUAAAAGUGUUAAAAUGCAGCCAAAAGAGGCGGAGUACUCAACAGAUGGGCUGCCUAAAGCCUUCCUGCUCAGCCUGAGGACCCUGUUUGACAUCCUGGAUGAUGGUGGACGAGGCUACGUGCAUAUAUCGGAGAUAGAGAGCCGCUGGCAGGGGGCGGACACCCGGGAGCUGCCGGGCGGCGUGCUGGGCUGCCUCCGGAGGGUCACUCCGCCGCAUGGCUGCCUCACCUUUGAGCGGUUCGUGGCGGGGCUGCGGUACUCCAUGCUCAACCCGGAGCACAGCGCACACUUCAAGGCCCAGCAGGCGGCGGUGCACCCACAACCAGCCCCGCUGUCCACAUGCAGCGUCGGGACUCGGGUUGAGAACAAAGUCCGUCCGCUGGGGCCGAGCAACGGGACCAACACGCAGCAGCAGCAGCCGCACCGGAACCGGGCGUCCUCGCUGCAGUGCCGGGGGGUCAGAGGGCCGGAGGAGGGGCCCGGGUAUCCAGCGUGUGGAGCGGUGCGGUUCAGCGCGGGCUUCGAGAGGUCCGGGCGGAGCUUGGAACAGAGUGCUGUCGGGUGUUACCGGGCCGAGCCGGGCCAUGCCACAACCAAACCCAUACAGCUUCAGCAGAGCCAGGUCAGGUCCAUUGAGUCGCUCGCUCUGGAGUCACCACAGCUCCAGAGACCAAGUGUUGUGAAAUCAGGUUUACCAAGAUCUCAGAGCGAAUCAGCAACAGGAUUCACUGGCGGCUCCAGGCGACACGGGCGGAGUCGGGAAGACCAGAGGCGGCAUACCAUAUCCAACGGGGUGGAUUAUGGAAUGUUGAAGCAAAUGAAAGAGCUGGAGCAGGAGAAGGACUCCCUGCUGGCGGGCCUGGAGGUGGUGGAGCGGGCCCGCGACUGGUACCAGGGCCAAAUCCACAAUGUCACAGAGAGACAGCGGCAGGUCGGCCAGAACUCCCACUGCACGGAUUUCUUCACAGAAGCCAACCAGAGUCGCAUGAAUGUUCUAAUACCCAAAUUACAAGAAGUCAACCGCUGCCUUAAUGACCUUAUUUCCUGCUCUGGGAUGCAGUCAUUUCCUUCCAGCGCUGGUCAGACAGCAGCUAACCCCCAGCCUCCGGGUCCAGCUCCUCCACAAGCCAUCCAGAGACUGAAGGACCAGAACCGACUUCUCACACAGGAGGUGACGGAGAGGAGCGAGCGGAUCGCCCAGCUGGAGCAGGAGAAGUCUGCCUUGAUAAAACAGCUUUUCGAGGCUCGAGCCCACAGCGCGCAGGACACCAGCACCAUGGACUCCACCUUCAUCUGAAAACAAUUACACUCCAACCCAACACCGUAGCACCACGCUUCAGCUGGGAGUCAUCAUCGUGACGCUGGUCUGGAGCAAACUUUUAAAAAGACUGUAAGCUGACUGUUGUUUACCCACACUUGUAGCAGUGAUGCACCUUUGUAGCCAUGAAAACACCCUCGAGUGCAGCAUGUGACCACUCCACCCCCAAACCAAACCAUGCACUACCUAGAUGUGAACGCCCUGAGGAAAAUGACUUGACCCGAGAGUUGCUAACUUUUUACGUUUCCUGCAUAAACACUCAACUGAAAAGACUGGAACACUAUCAAGAAACCAGUCGGGUCUCAAGAGAUCCCAUCACUCCAUUUUUUGCUGGAUUACAGCAUCUACAAAAUCUCCACGCCCACUCCCAAAAGACUUCACUCCUGCUGCUCGACAGGCAACAUAAAAAACUUUAACUUAGUGGGGGGGAUGGUUUCUGUUGGAAUAAAAUGCCAUAUUCUUACAGUUUAAUAUGAAAACAAAUCAGCUGCAUUUGCUUGCAGUUACCUAUCAAUUACAUUUUUGUUAGUUUUAUCUAAAUGAUAAUAAGAUGUUUUUCAGUAUUUCCUUCCUUUCUUUUUAAUGUAAAUGAAUAAUAUGUUUACCUGACAUUGGCUUUCUGGGUUUUAGAGUGUUUCAUUUCAAAACACCAAGAGACAGGAAUUACUGAAAAGAACAGUUUUUUUUAUAUUAUGGUAGCAUGUUUAAUGUUAAGAUCUUUUAUGAAUUUUUGAGAUGUUUUGAAAAAAAGAGAUGAGAGGGACAGCCGACGAGCUGUAGAGACGGAGACGGACGAGAGAAGUUUGGAAGUUUGCACGUAGGGAGAGAGCUGAGGAGGACAAACAUGGCAGACGGUGAAUGUGGUUGGGAGAUUUUCUGAUGUCGGAGUCAGAAACAAAAGAAAAUCACUUUGGCUAUCUAGUGCUAUACAUCCAGUGUAAGUCUUUACAGUGGAUUCUUUGCAUGGGGUCAUAUUUUUCAGCUCUAAAAUAUUUAUCUUCUGAAGAGAUUUCUGUUUGAAACCUGGAGAUUAGCACAGAUGUAAAAACCCUGUUUUGUCCUCGUAAGGCUUUAGACUAAAACUGUAAAAACACUCAGCCAUCCACAAAGUUUACAAGAGAAAUAUUUAGUUUAGUGGGUGGCGGUAGAAUAAUAAAAAACAUAGUAGUUUUAUAAUACGGUACUGCUGGGAUUGUCUGCACAUAACACAUUGUUGAUGUCUGUUUCCCACUUGUUUGAUUGUAUGUUUUCUUGCUGCUCAAACUACAUUAUGUGUGAGUGAAACUCUUUUCCUUCUGCUUUCUAUUGAGAAAUUCAGAUAAAAUGUAAAAUAAUAAAUACGACCAAACAUUGCUGAC